AUGAGCUGUUCUAUGAUUUACCGCAGCUGUUCCACCUGGAUGACUAUGAGAGGUGUCUGUCUAGCUCCGGAGUCUACUGCAUGGGAGAAUUUGAUCUCUUACCAUACAAGAACCAGCCAUUGCUAGAAUAUAUCGAGAAAUACUCGGCGGAUAAAUAUCACUUCAAUCGUUCCCACAUACACCGCGCGUACUGCGUGACGACGCGGUGUGCGCGCAGACCCGCCACAGAAGAGGCAAGAUUCGAGCAAUGCGUCCAGAACCACACAAGGGAACGGUACGGCCUAGAUUCGAAGCUGAGAAAGUUGGUGUACUGUAAGUCCAGAAGCUCGCAGACGGCGGCGGACUCCGUCGACCUCACCGUGGCUACCGCAGCCGCCGCCCUAGUCUUGUUGAAUUUGAUCGCCACAGCUUAUGACUACUUCAGAAAUCAAAAUGACAAACCAAAUCGGUAUCUCAUCACUUGGUCUCUGAUCUCUAAUUGGAACCGCCUGACCGCCGACUACGCUGACGGAGACCAGAAACUUGCAGCGCUGAAGCCACUUCAUGGUGUAAAAACCUUGACACUGGUGUGCAUCAUGCUGGCGCACACCGUGAUGGCCUUCCACAUGAUCUACCUUCUCAACCCACACUUCUUAGAAAAGAACAGCCACCACCCGGCGUCAGCGUACCUGCAGAAUGGAACGUGCGUAGUCCACACCUUCGUCCUGGCGUCCAGCUUUCUUCUGACGUACAGCCUGCUAAUUUCUGAAGACAAAAAUCCAAAAGAAAAGCUCAACGUUCGUUUACUGCCGAAAAUUUUGGUGCAUCGGUACAUCCGGUUCCUGACGGUAGACAUGCAGCUGCACGUGGUGUGCUGCGCGGUGGUGCUGUCUCUGGGCCGCAACACGCGGCGUGCACUGCUCGCGCUCGGGGCGCUGCUGGCGGUCGCGGUCGGGGCCAAUUUCGCCGCCAUCUAUCACUUCGAGCUUCGGUCGAUAGCCACACUCAUGUUUCCUGAGUACAUCCGGGUCCAGUUCGAGAGCGAGAGAUCGUUCAAGUGGCUGUACGUGGCGCCCUGGGACGCGCUGCCCGCCGCGCUGUUGGGCGCCCUGCUGGCCCACGUGCACGCCGCGGACUGGGGGGGCCGCAAGCCCGGCGACAGUCUGAUAGUCCGCAUCUUGUACCGUCUCUCUGUGCCGCUAAUGGUUGGGUGGGUCCAGGCUGGGUACUGGAUGAAGAACUCCACAGACCCUGUGCUCUCCGCUCUGUACGCGACGUUCGACCGCCCGAUAUUCUGCUCCAUCGUCGCUUUUGCUAUAUUCGGUUUCAUAAACAAGUUUGAUAGUCUGUACUGGAAGUUUUUGUCGUGGCGCGGCUGGGAGAUAUUGGGGCGCAUGUCCCUGACGGCGUACUUGGUGCACUGGCUGACGACGCUCACGCUGGUGGGCAGCCUCGACUUCCUCGCGCCGCUCUCCAUCAUUAAUAUUGGCGGAUAUUGGCUGUGCACGAUUGUGUUGACCUACAUGAUAUCAGUGCCGCUGCAUUUGUUCGUGGAGCUGCCAAUACACAGAUUUCUACGAGUCAUUUUUUCAUAACACUGCUGUAACAUCAUUUUAUACCUAUUAAAGUUAUGCCCAGAAAACAACCUAGGUCUUCAAAUUAUAAGAUAGUGAUGAAUAACGUUUU